AUGCCCGGAGAUAUAGACAGCUCGCUGCUGGAACGACUGCAGGCCUUGCGUGGCUCGAGCUCAGGCGCAUCGCCGGGUCGAGUAGCUCCGAUAAAGACUAUUUGCAGAUUCAGUGUAGAUGUGAUUGAGAGGACGAACCCAGCAACCAGAGAAGAUGCCCUGGCGGCGCGGCUAAAGUCGCUGCGGGCUGCAGACGAUGGCGGAAGCGCAGUGUCACCAAAGAGGGAGAAGGCAUCAUCAUCGUCAUCACACUCGAACACAGCUGAAGCGAAAGGCCUUGUCGCUCAUGAAGAGAAGUCAGAAAAACUGGAAAACGACGAAGACGACGUCGAGCGAAUGUUCUCGACAGAUGACCAGACGCUGGAGGAGCUCCUGGGCGAUGUUGACAGCACCGUUGAUGAUGAAACGGCCGCCGCCGCCGCUGCGCAGGAGCCAAGCGACGAGCAGGUCAGGGCGCUCCUGGAAGAGCUCUCGCGAGCCGUACCAAAGGAUGAUGCUGCUACUGCUGCUGCUGCUGCUGCCGCCGAGGACAACGAGGAUGAUAGGGCUGGGGGGGAUUCGGAUGAUUCAGAUGGUGAGCAGAUGCAGUCCAAAGUAGGCGACGUCAUCGCGCAGUUCCAAGAUGAAGCAGCCCUUGAAGCAGCCCUGCGAAACCGUGGAAAUGACGACGACGAAACUGCUUCUUCUGCGCAGGAGGACCAGAAACAGGAUCGAGACCGAGAUGAAGAAGACACACAAGAAGACGGAGACGCAGAUCUCGCCCUCCCUUCGCUGCCUCCCAAUCUCGAUGACCUCUCCUCCUUUUCUCCCGGCCGCCCAAGCACCACCAAAGCAGACGACUUAGACGACAUCACCGCCCGCUUGGCCGCUCUCCGCGCCCCUGCCGCCGAAGAAGAAGAGGACGCUUCUUUCUCGCUCCCUUCGGUUCCGAGCACAAGGCCCUCUGCGGGGGAUAAGCCUGUCAGGAGACUCACCAGCAAGACGGAUUACACGGAUGACGACAUUGACGGCUGGUGCACCGUCUGUCUUGACGAUGCUACGCUACAGUGUCUGGGUUGCGAUGACGAUCCCUAUUGUACGAGGUGCUGGAGGGAGAUGCAUGUUGGCCCGGCGGCUGCGUUUGAUGAUAGGAGUCACAAGGCUGUGCAGUUCACGAGGGCGAGGAAGAAGGACAAACAACAGAGGGUUGCGCUAGGUGCUUGA